AUGUCGAGAUCAGCAAUAGAACUCGACUUUUUGGGCAUGGAAAAGAAGUUAUCUCCUCCUUCUAAGCUUUCCGGCUUCGAACGCAGAAGAAGCUUUCGAGAUAUACAAGGAGUUGUCUCUAAGAUCAAUCCAGAGGUUCUGAAAACUGUGAUUGCAAAUGGUUCCUUGGGUCUGAAUAAACCGGUUUCUGUUCCGUGUACGCCAAAGGAAGAUACUUCCUUUCCUUCAUUGCCACUUCAUGAUUCUACCAUUAGGCAAAACCGUGAGCCUAAAAUAGGUACUGAAACUGCUCCCAUGACGAUUUUCUACAAUGGGAUGGUCGCUGUUUUUGAUGUUUCUCCAGACAAGGCGCAGGAUAUUCUCCUUAUUGCUGAGGAAGGAGUCCAAAAACCUGCUGAAUCCUCAGAUUCUAAACUGACAUCUGACCAAAAGAAUAUAUUGGGAACCCUCAAUGGAGACUUUCCUAUAGCAAGGAGGCAGUCAUUGCAGAGGUUUCUGGAGAAGAGAAAAGAGAGGUCGACUAUGGUGGAACCAUAUGGAUGUCCAAACAAGCACUUUAAUUCUGGCCACAUCGUAUACGGCUAA